CUGCUUUCUCUCCAGCAUCCUGGGGGAGGAGGGGGUGGAGGGGUGAAGCCAUCAUCGCUCGACUGGAGCGCGGGCACCCGAUAAGAGAGAAGAGACGGACGGAGGCGCUUCUAUUAACUAUGAUUUUGAACUAACACUAAGGUGGGGGAUUACGUCACCAGCACAAAGAGAAAACACAAGUCAGAUCAUCCAAGCAACGCACAGAAGGAAGCUAAUUCGCGCACAAGCAUGGCAGACCAGAAAGACCGACUAGAAGACUUUAAAGUCCAGACAGUGAAGAAUAUCAACUCGGCCCAGCUUCGGCCGCACAGUGAACACUCGAGAGACCGCGCUUCCAAAAGGCUCUCCACCGACUCAAAUGGGACCAGCGAAGGAGGUGUGGGUUCCUCCACGCCGGUGGAGUUGACAGCUUUAGAAGAAGCUUUCCGGCGUUUCGCCAUUCACGGCGACACGCGUGCUACGGGCAAAGACAUGCACGGGAAGAACUGGUCCAAGCUCUGCAAGGACUGCGGCGUGAUCGACGGCAAGAAUAUCACCCUCACUGAUGUCGAUAUCGUCUUCUCUAAAGUCAAGAAGAAAUCCUGUCGCACCAUCACGUACGAUGAGUUCAAGAAUGCGCUAGGAGAGCUAGCCAGGAAGAAGUAUAAAGAGAAGACUGGAGAGGAAGCUGAGUCUGAAGUAUUCAAGCUGAUUGAAGGGAAGUCGCCCGUGAUCGCCGGGGUCACGAGGGCCGUCGCUUCCCCCACAGUGAACCGCCUGACAGACACCACCAAGUUCACGGGGUCGCACAAGGAGCGCUUUGACGACACGGGACGCGGGAAGGGUAAGGCGGGACGAGUCGACCUGGUCGAUACUUCCGGAUACGUCUCGGGAUACAAGCAUCGAGGGACCUAUGAAAAGAAGGUCACCAAACCCCCCGGUGCUAAACCCAUGUGAGCGUAACGGAGAUACAGAAAUACGGAUCGAGGAUCGGCGAGGAUCGUUUUAGUACUCCAAAAAAAAAAUACAUGAUCAUAUAUUUUCCCACCCGGUUGUUUUGUGUGUGGAGAGAGUUCCUCCCCUUGUGAAAGUGUGAGAACUGGAAAAGUGUUUACAUCUAUUUUUACAAAGUCUUCACCAGCUGGUACAUUCCUGUCUAAUAGUGAGAAAUUGCCAAGAGGAGAACGAUGCCGAUGAUGAUGAUGAAGCUCUGUUGUUUUGAUCGGGCCUUCAAAUAUUUACCAAGCACAAUGAACAAUGAAAGCCAAUUAAAACAGCACAAAAAAGCUUUUAUCUAAUAACACUGCACUUUUUUUUUUUUUUGCAGGAAAAAAAUACUUUUUACGCCCAUUUUAGGAUUUCAAUUGGCCGUGUUCCAGAUAAUUGGCACACAUUUGUAUAUGUAUAUUUAAUAUUCUGAUUUGUGUGUAUUACUUGCUGUUCAUAUUCUUUCUUUUAUAAAAUCAGCCAUUUUGUUUCUCCCAAGUCAAAUGAAUUAACAAUUACCAAAUUCUUAAUCUGUGAAUUUUAGGGGUCGAAAGCGCAAUUGUGCAAGAUUGUAUUUUUCAGAUUAGAUAACGCCCCCCCCCCCCCCCCCCCACACACACACACACAUUGUGUAUUAACUACUAACCGUAGCCACUUGUUUAACAUGGCUUAAUAUUCCUUUCUGUGUUUCUGUACUUUGUGCAUGUUAUGAUGUAUUUUACAUUUGAGAAGCACAGAAAUGAUUUGUUGUAUUUGAUCGACUGUGCCUGCUGUUAAGGACGGACUACUGGACAGUUGUUUUCUUGCUUAGAAAUCUGAAGUGAUGAUGAAACGGUGUUGUCGCUCGAAUUGUAUACAAUAUGUACAAAGUUGGCCUGCCAUCAAAUGCUGUUAUAUUUGUUAUCCAGAGAACCUUUAACGUGUGGUCCUAUCAUCUGAGGCACAAAUUUGAAGGGAAUGCCGGUUAUGUCCUUAAAUACUGAAAAGGAAAAAAAAUCCAAACUUUUAUAGAACAUUUUUAACAUAGUGUUUGUCGUCACACUUGCCUGCAACCGCAAAAGUAUUGCAGCUUAUGUGUGUUGAUUAUUUUGUCCGCUCGAGUAAGCUCCCCGUGCUUAAUGCCAAAUACUGUGCACCUUUCAUAUGGAGGAACGAUAUGUGUGUUAUUAUUUUUGAAUUCAUAACAUUUUAAUGUGCUAUUGUGACCCAAAGGUGCAUGCAGUGGAUCUUUGUACUUGUUCUUUAGAACUCUUAAUUGUGUGUUGAUGAUUUGUAGUGUAUUCUUGAGAAUAAAACAAAAAGGGCACAUCGAACAAAUA